AUGCAUCGGGCAUUAAGAAUUGUGAAUCUGAGCGAGGACGAGGUCCAUUCCUCCCGAACCCAGACAGACAGCAUGCGGGGCUUCUUCCAUUCUCGCUGGCUUUGGAUGGCUCUCAGCUAUCUUUCCGAGUUACCCAAUGGGGACUUUCCGUAUCCAACCAUUACCUAUGCCUGCAAGGACCAUGUGAACGACGCCUUCCAGGACAUGACAAUCAAUAUUAAUGACGUUCACCUUCUGACGUUCUGUACACCCGAAGAACUUCGCAAUCUCAGCGUUCAGAUGGACGACAAGGAGCUGGAGAGAGUCCGAUGGAAGAUGGUCAGCUUGGGGGUGAACGGGACAGACAUCGAAAAAAUGUUGUCGGAGGAGAGCCGGGUGACCCUCGUCCAAUUCGAAAGCGACGGGAGCCUCUCGCUUCGGACGACGAUGCCGGAGCUGCGCGACCGCGGAUACUACUUCCAGACGAAAGGACACUGGAGGCCGGAGGCGGGGUUCGACUUCUUGGACUGCCAGACGAAGGAGGAAAGGCGGAGGUGGCGGUGCAUGUUCUACGACAGCCUUGCUUCGUUGGAUUUUCAGGGGGCCUUGCUACACGUUUCCGCGAACGACAAUCCCCCUUUCAUCAAGUUGAACGGGACGACUCCCGUCUUUGGGAUCGACUAUCAGAUUCUCCUGAACAUGCAGAAAGCAUUCAACUUCACGUCCCAGGCGAUCGACUUCUCCCGGGGAUACUUCUACCAAGCCCUGACCUUCGUGACGCAGCCGCCGACGGAGAAGAGCCGGGUCCUCGUCGUGCUUCAGCCCUUCUCCCCGACGGUAGCGAUUCCUCCGUUGGCCUUUGCCGUCGGCUUCAGGGAGACAUGUCGGCUUCGGGGAGACAUGUCGGCUUCGGGGAGACAUGUCGGCUGGGGUCGUCGAGGUCGUUCGGUCUGGGGCUUGUUCGCCGCCACCAUCUUUGUCUCGACCAUAUUCUUGCAUUGGUUUACCGGUGCGGAACUCCAGAUGGGAAAUCGAAAGUGGCACGUGCACAGGGCGAGCGUCAACGAUAGCUUCUUUCUCAUCCUGGAAUUGUUGGCGGUGGGGGGGACGGACCCGGCGGAGAAGCCGAGGAGCCACACCGUUCGAGUUCUCUAUGCGACGUGUCUCAUCGGGACCGUGGUCAUCACGGGGGUGUACAGUGGCAUUCUCACGGCUUUCAUGAGUUUCCCCGGGAUGAACAAGCCGCUCGAGACGUUAGCAGAAUUGAAAGACGUGGUGACGACUUCCUCCAUGACUUGGGGGAUUCUGGGACCUGGAACCUCGCAAAUGACCCUCUUCAAGGAAUCGGAGGAGGGGCUCUACAAAGAACUAUGGGACAGCAUAAAGGACAGCAUAAAGGAAAACGGAACGGAACAUCUUUUUAGCAGCACGGACGGUGGGAUCAAAAGAGUUCUCGGCGGGGGUUUCGCCUUCAUCCAUCCGAGAAUGUCUCUCAUGUACAACAUCAAGACCUACGGUUACAAUAACUUCUACAUGGCCUCCGACCAGUUCUACUUCCAGGGUUCAGGAAUAGCCAUGCGAAAAGGAUCGCCUUACAAGGACAAAAUCGACGAACUGAUCAUCCAGCUGCAGUCCGGAGGCCUGAUCGGCCACUGGGCCUCCCAGCUCCUCCCUCCAGAGGUGAGGCUCCUCACGGUCACCGAUCGCUCCGACUCGGACGAACGGCCGAUCAAGAUCGAAGACCUUCAGGGCGCUUUCUACAUUCUCGUCAUGGGAUAUGUCAUGGCGGCCAUGACGUUCCUCAUGGAGCUGGUCGUGUUCUCGUGCAAAAAAAGGAAGGAACUCCUUCGCAGAGAGCAAGAAGCUUACAACUUCGAGCUUCAUCUCGCCUUGCACUCUAGAGCGAAGCCGCGAUAUCAAACAUAUCCUGAACCAUAAACCCACAUGGCACUAAUGAUUAUCGGCCGAAUGCACAGGCCCCGAGUAGUUUCACAAUUAGAGCACUUUUAACCGUUAUUAAGG